UUUAUCUUCUAACAAUAUUUUGUGGGAUAUUUUAAGCACAUUUGAUCUUUCGGGGGAUGUGUAUUCAAAAAUAUAUAUUAUAAUAACUGCCUUUUAAUUGCUUUUAACUGAGCUGCAAAACAUUUUUAAAUGUCCCUUUCUUAAAUUCUUCUUUCUCCCCUUUCAUGCAGCCUCUGAGUAAUAAUUUGUCAGUUACGUAAUUGUGUUUUUUGAUGAUUUGGUGAAAGCAUCUCACUGGCGGAGCGAGCCGUUACGGGUUACAUAAGGUGAUCAAUGAUUAAAUGAUUGGACUGAAGCUGAGGAGAUAGUCGCUGAUAAAACAGGAGGUUGCAGGUCGCCUACAAGUUGCUGCUCUGUCACGUCAAACGGGGACAUCCCCACAGAUGAGCUCAUAUUUGAUCUUUGAGGACGUCUGUGAUAAGAAUUUCUCACAUUGGGGUCCCGACCCCGAGUAGGAAGUAGGACAAUAAAUGACGCACUCUGCACUGUCCGAGGCACAGAGAGGAUUGAGCAAAGAUCAAUGGAGCUCAGAACAGAAGCUACUAAAAAAAACAAAAAGGGUUUUCCCAGAAAUGUGCGAGAGGGACGGCAGCUGAUUUCUGUGAUGACAGACUUUAGCACGGGGGGGCCUCAAGGGGUGUAAAGGUUAAGGAACCUGUCUGCACCGUCCCAAAGGCAAACAAAGGCGCUAGCCUUGAGUAAAGUCCGGUGGGGAGGCAGAACAGAGGGGACUGCCUGGCCUGGAAGAGCUUGAAACUGACAAAACCAGAUUGAGUGGCUCGUCCUCAGGCGGAGGUAUCAUGGAUCUUCUCCACAGUUGGGGGGUCGAGCUGGCGGUCCACCUGCAGACCAAAUACAGCAGGUAUGAGGGUCUGUUCAGCCUGGCGUCCUCGGUGGCCGACCUGCACACCACGUUCUUCUGCUUCUUCCCGAUCUGGUUCCACCUGCGCAGGGACACGGCGCUCAGGCUCAUCUGGGUCGCGGUCCUCGGAGACUGGCUGAACCUGGUCCUGAAAUGGGUUUUGUUUGGGGAGCGGCCGUACUGGUGGGUUCAUGAGACCCAGUUUUACAGAGCAGGACCGACCCCGACUCUGCAGCAGUUUCCCAUCACAUGUGAGACCGGACCAGGGAGUCCUUCAGGUCAUGCUAUGGGUGCAGCAGGAGUCUGGUACGUGAUGGUAACGGCGCUGCUCGCUAUUGCAACGGAGAAGCGAUGCCCCCCUUUACUGUACAAAUUCCUGCAGAUACACCUGUGGGCGUUAAUGGGUCUGAUAGAGCUGGUGGUCUGCAUGUCCCGGGUCUACAUGGCGGCCCACUUUCCACACCAGGUCAUCGCUGGAGUCAUUACAGGUGUCCUUGUCGCUGAAGUCGUCUCGAGGCAGAAAUGCAUCUACAGCGCCAGCAUGAAGAAAUACUUCUGCACGACCCUCUUCUUGACCUCCUUCGCGGUCGGCUUCUACGUCCUCCUCAAAGCGGUGGGCGUGGACCUGCUGUGGACGAUGGAGAAAGCCCACAGGUGGUGUGUGAAGCCCGAGUGGGUCCACCUGGACACCACGCCCUUCGCCAGCCUGCUGCGCAACAUGGGCACCCUGUUCGGCCUCGGCCUCGGCCUGCACUCGCCGCUGUACGCCGAGACCAAGAAAAAGAAAUCAGGCACCGUUUUCAAGACGGGAUGUAUCAUCGUCUCCUUAUUUCUGCUGCAGCUGUUGGACGGAUGGACAUUUUCCUCUGAAAAUCUUGUGACUUUCUAUCUGCUGUCUUUUGGUAAAAGUGCGUUUGCACUUUUGAUCCCGACCACUCUGGUUCCCUGGGCUCUCUGCUGGAUUUGCAACGUUAAAAAAGAAGAUAAGAACUUGUGAUUCAGGUCCAACUCGGAGUUUAAGGUCAAUUAUAAUUCUAAUUUUCUGUAUUUAGUCGAAUUUGUUUAUUCUCAAGGACAUUUAUACUUUUUUGGGCAAUGUCCCUGAUGUUAUUGUGCUGUCUCUCUGUUUAGGACAACAAAAAGGUCUGCGCAUGCAUAUCCUCAUGUAAAAAAAAUAGAUUUUUAUAGCAACUCAGUAAACAAAAAGUGCUGUUUAAGCUCAAUGAUGCAUAAAUGAUGGAAUAAAAAUGUUUUUUUUAAAUAAUCAUUUGCUUUUAUAAAGAGUUGUGCUUAUUUUAGUAGUCCUGUGCUCCCCUAUCGGUUUUCUCCGAAUGUCUCAGACUGACACUGAUUAAUUCACUGGCAGGAACAACCAUUAAACAUUAACUAGAGCAUGCUCCCUUC